AUGCGUUCCGCCAUUUUCACCAAGGCUAUCCUCCUCUUCGGCAUCGCCGCCGCUCAGAUCGAAUUGCCCGACAGCAUCGACAUUCCCGAUAACGUCGAGAUCCCCGAUUCCCUCCCCACCGAGGUUCCCGAUUGGGCCCAGGGCAUCGUCUCGGACAUCGCCUCCGGUGUCGCCCCGCAAGCCACCCCCACUGAUUCCGCCUCCAACAGUCAGUCCACCUCCGGCUCCGGCUCCGGCACCAAUUCGGACACUCUCCCCGGUCUCGUCGACCAGCUCCCACGGUGCGCCGUCAGCUGCCUCGUCAGCGCCGCCGACGACAUUGGCUGCAGCUCCACCGACUUUGCGUGUCUAUGCCGCUCCGGCACCGAUCUCGCGACCAGCAUCGGCCCCUGCGUUCUCCUGUCUUCGGGGUGCGGAGCCAGUGAUGCUCGACCUGACGGUGCCUCGCCCUCUGCGACCGAUGCCAAUGACAGCGCUGCUGGGCGGAGUGCUGUCAGUUUGACCAUAGUCGGAAGUAUUGCCUUGUUUGCUCUUGUCGUUUAG